CUUCAUUCAUUCAUUCCUUUCUUCCCCUCCCCUUUCCUCUCCCUUGCCUUGCCUUGUCCUGUCUUGUCUUGACUUGCUUUGUCUUGUCCUGUUCUAACUUGCUCUGUCCUCUCAAGUCCUACUCUCCUCUCUUCUUUUCUUCUUCAUUCUUCACUUUCCACUCUCCUCACAAACAAACUCUUUGUUUCCAGUCUUUUACACAGACAAAAGAAAAAAGAAAUAGCAUAGUGUAAAAAGACAACAGCAGCAGGACCAACAGAAGCAACAGCUUUAGUAGUCCAGACAUUUAGUUCUUUUAUUAUAUCAUGGUCCUCCACACAGUAUUUUUCUGGCUUGCCAGACAAACGACGGAUUCCACAUCAACAAUAGCAACUACUGCAAUGGAUGCCCAAUCUUCAUCCACACUCGCUACGCUCUCCAGCAUUACAGGCAUGCUUUCCAUCAUCUGUUGGUUUAUCGUCUUUACUCCACAAAUCUGGAUCAACUACAAGAGGCAAUCAGGAGAGUCUCUUUCAUUACCCUUCCUAUACAUUUGGCUUCUUGGAGAUCUCUUUAAUGUUGCUGGAGUCACUUUGGAUAACUUACUCUUGACCAUGAGGAUUCUGGCUUGGUACUACACAAUUGCCGAUAUUGUUUUGAUCAUGCAAGUCUAUUAUUAUAGAAGAAAGGCUCGUUUGGCGUCUUCAUCUACUAACAGGCGCUGUACUGGAGAUGACAACCAAGACUCAGACUCUAGCUCGGACGAAUCAUCAGAUUCAGAGUCACAUGUUCCUGAUGAAGAAUCUGCACUCUUGGGCAAACAGAUCGCUUCUCCCAUCAAUCACCACAACAACAACAACAACAAUAACAAUAACAGCAACAAUAAUAAUAGUAGUAACAAUUACUCUAGCAUUCCUGCCAAUUCUUCUACACAUCAUUCUAUGGAUCAUCGUCAUCGUCAUCAUCAUCAUCAGCAAAGUCUUUGUGGACGUGUAAGAAUGUUCUUCAGAAGACGUCGUGUCCGUCAAUGUCUCGUGGUCUUACUCCCAACAAUGGCUACCGCAUUCUUCGUCUGGGCUUUCUUUGAGUACCGUCGUUGUGUCCUUCAGGGUGAAAUUGGCCAUGGAUACCAGAUUCUUCAGGAGGAUGGAUCAGUUGAUGAAUGGUGGAGUUGGGUCAAAUGCAGUGGAGGACACAAGAUGCCCCCAGCGCCUGAGCAUGGAGCUACAGAAUUCCAAAUCCUUGGUCACCACGAUAGCGACAGCAAUGGCAAUGAUGGCAACAGUGAUCAUGACAAGAGCUGGCUUCCUAUCUUCUUGGGUUGGAGUUGUGCUAUCCUCUAUUGGGGCUCUCGUAUCCCACAACUCUACAAGAAUUGGGUCCUUCAAUCCUGUGAGGGUCUCUCCAUCAUGAUGUUCACGUUCACGGUCCUUGGCAAUGUUCUCUUCGUGGCCAGUAUCCUUUUGAACUCAUUAGAUCCCGACUAUUUGUACCGCAAUAUGCCCUGGUGGCUUGGAUCCUGUGGCACCUUGAUCUUUGACAUUAUGAUCUUUUGUCAGUUCUAUCUUUACAAGGAUAACUCGCCUUCAACAACCUCUCACAAGGAUAUGGAGAAUGAGGAGAUCCAGGCAUAAGAGAGAGAGAAAAAAAAAAACUACAG